CGCGAACAGACUCCUCAAUCGGUUCGCGACAGUGCCUCAGCCAGUGGGCGUCUUCAAGAGAGGCCCCGCCGUAUGCGGCUUGUACAAGCCUUCACUGGCGGCGCCGGAAACGCUGGCGGAGAAACGCAACAGUGUCCGAUCAACUGCAGUGUCCGGGGGAGUGCGCUGGCGACUGGUCGCAGCAAGGCUAUUUGGGCCCCUGGAACGCCUCGGAAAUGCCGAGUCAUAACAUAUUCAGGCCGAGGCGAUCGACAAGAUUGUCGUCGUCACCCACAGGUUCGAAUGUCCUGUAUGAGAGGCGGACCUCGUCCUGUCGGUCCCAGGAUUUCCACACAUCGUAUACAUGUCGCGAUGUUACUUUGCAGGUCACGCAGGAUGGCAGGAUAGUCCACGUGGCUCCCACAUUCAGUUGAUGCACGUGGCAGCGAAAUGUCAGAGCUGAGAGCGGUCUGUCUACUGGUUGUCCAUGCCGCGAAUACAUGGAGAUGUUGGAUGCGCAGGCGACAUUUCAAGAGAACACAUUUCUAAUAUCUU